AUGGCCAGUAUGGACCAUAUCGAUGCAGCUCGUGCUCGCUUGCAUUCCCUCUUCAACGCCUCAUUCGAGAAGCUUGACGACGCUCUCUCGAAUGCGAGUACCACAGUAUCUCACAAAGCCCAUUGCUAUCGUGUUGAUAUACACCUUCUCGGUGUAUUAUCCAUCAUUGGCACAAACGAAGGACCCGCUGUCAACAACUUCGUCGAGGCUCAAGCAUUGGCAAGUGACUGGAGUCGACAAACUAUUUGGCUUGCCAAGUCACCAUUCAAAGGUGGCUUCCUCUGCAAUGCCAUGGGCCUUGGUGAAAGUACUCAGGCAUUGGUCGCCGCCAUUCAAGUGAAGAGAACCAUGCCUACACGAUCUGGUUUUAUUGCAAUCGUUACACGGGCUGUUUGUGUUUUGCAAUGGGCAGAUGAGAUCAAGCGACACCUCAAACCAGAACACCAUACCCUAUACAGCUUCCUUGAUGAUGAUCCUGGUAUCGAUAAAAACCGUCGCCUGCAAUAUAACAUUGUCGUUUCUUCUUGCAACUUCCGCAUGGCAAAAUACCAGGAUUUAGUCAACUUUGCGGUUUUCUGCCACGCGACAGCGAGUUAUGGAGUCGAUGAGACUCGCAAGACGUGUAGGACAAAGCUCGAAUGA